AUGUCUCAACAACAACAAUCUGCAGCCCCAGUACCCAACCCUAGCCAGGGGAGUGAGACCACUGCGGCUAACUUGAUCAGCGACCUACGCAGACGCCUCGAUGCCCACAUCGAGGCCGGGGACCCGGGUGUACAAGCUGUCGCAGCUCUGGUGCUGGGCCUACCUUAUUUCACCUCCCACUGUCCUGGCUACAACUUCAUUCUGCGCCAGCCCAGAUCCUUCAUCGACUUUUGCAGGAUCAAGACUCGCCUUGAGUCCCCAAUUCCCCCUUAUGAGUGGGAUGAUCCUCGAUUCGUCACUGCGGAGGAAUGGUCCGAGGACGCCAUUGACAUCCACCACUUCAUCUAUGUCCACCUGGUCACGCUCGGCCUGGUCAACGAUCCCAGCUACCGCGUCCUGCUGCGGCAACCCACCCAGGGCCUCAGGACACCGCUUCCAGGAGAACUCACGAACGCACACUUCACGCCCACCUUCCUCUCCACCAUGGUCGAUCUCAUGACCUCUGUCUCAGCGCCCAGCCCGGACUGCAAUGUCUGGGGGUUUGAAAUCCUGGGCAGACAGGAGGCUCUACGCCAAGUGGCUCGGGAGAUGAUCAAUCCGGAGAUGCGCUUUCUCCGGCACCCCAGAGUCAGAAGGCACGUUGCAACCCUUUGGAACAAAAUCCGGCGAUUGGACCUCUUCUCGCCUCCGGAAAGCCUCGUGGAUGAAGCAGAGGCUGUGGUCCUCGCUGACCCUGACCGUCUGAGCUCGGUCAUGGAUGAAGCUGGCUUUCACGUCUUUGCGGAGAUCGUCCGAAGCGAUGACCCAAGCGAUCGCGAAGCCUGGCACAGGUUCGCGGGCACGGAGGGAUAUGAUGAUGAGAGCCUUCCGGAUGCUGAUGAUCGCGUCUCCCCUGACGGCGAGGACGAGGACAUGCCUGAUAACUCUGCAUCUGACUCUGGCACCAUGUCUAUCGACGAUGAAGCUGAACUUGACGUUGACGUUCGCAGAAUCGAGGCUGUAUAUGCACGACUAUGGCGAGAGGCUAUUGAACUGUAUCGCAACAACGACAUCGACCCACCGAGCCCCACGGGCACUAUCGCCGACUUCAUUUUCCAGGACAUCCGGGAUCAUGCAAUGCAAGCUGGACUCACCGCUACCGAUGCCAUCGGCUUCGAAGAAUUUGGUAACGUGGGCAUGGACGACGAGCCGUUCCCAGGCUUCCAAGGCCGGUCCCCCUCCACCUCUGCAGCAACUGCACAGGUCGAUGACGGCAACGACGGUGGGUCAGCUUUUGACUUUGACAACGAGUGCGUGUUCUGCACCUCGCAGUUCCUGGCUGAUGGGGUCAAUGCUGCUGACUUUCCCGACCAUGAGCCCAUGCGCAAGCUCCUCUGCGGCCACCUGGUCGGUGCUGUCUGCUUUGCUGCCUACUCGCGCAACGAGCGCUGCCCUUUCUGCUCCACUCCUACUCAACAGUGA